GGAAAGAAGCCUCGCUACUCCGGCGUGCGACCUACCAGGGCCCGGCCUCACGGCGGCGGACGCAAGACCAUCGUCGCUCCCUGAGAACGGCGGGCGUGAUUGGCUGGCUCAUUUUUGCUGCGCCGCAAUAGGCGGACUCCGAAAGUGGCUUCGCUGCCCAUUGGCUGGCAGAGGGAGGAGUAGCCGCGGUAGCGGGCUAGGCUGAGGGAGGUCGGGCUCAAGAAAGAGAGAAGCAGAAGAGUUAGAGUCUUUGAAAGGUUUUGUCGGUGCCGACCAAGCGAGGACUUUGGAGCGGCUAUGAGUGGCGGCGUGUACGGAGGGGAUGAAGUUGGUGCUCUGGUGUUUGACAUUGGCUCUUAUACAGUGAGAGCUGGCUACGCUGGGGAAGACUGCCCAAAGGUUGACUUUCCCACUGCCAUUGGCGUGGUAUUGGACCGGGAUGAUGGAAGUUCCAUGAUGGAGAUUGAUGGUGACAAAAGCAAGCAAGGGGGCCCAACUUACUACAUAGACACGAAUGCAUUGCGCGUUCCAAGGGAGAACAUGGAGGCCAUUUCACCUUUAAAAAAUGGAAUGAUUGAAGACUGGGAUAGCUUCCAAGCAAUUCUGGACCACACCUACAAGAUGCAUAUUAAAUCUGAAGCCGCUUUGCACCCUGUCCUAAUGUCUGAAGCACCAUGGAACACCAGAGCGAAGCGGGAGAAACUGACGGAGCUGAUGUUUGAACAUUACAAUAUCCCUGCAUUCUUCCUGUGCAAAACUGCAGUUCUUACAGCUUUUGCUAAUGGUAGAUCCACAGGCUUGAUUCUGGACAGUGGAGCGACACACACGACGGCAAUUCCAGUGCAUGAUGGAUAUGUGCUUCAGCAAGGCAUUGUGAAAUCUCCCCUGGCUGGGGACUUCAUUACGAUGCAGUGCAGAGAGCUCUUUCAGGAGAUGAACGUAGAGAUAAUCCCUCCCUAUAUGAUCGCAUCAAAGGAAGCAGUUCGCGAGGGUUCUCCAGCAAACUGGAAGAGAAAAGAGAAGUUGCCUCCGGUCACGAGGUCUUGGCACAGCUACAUGUGUAGUUGUGUAAUUCAGGACUUCCAAGCUUCUGUCCUCCAAGUGUCUGAUUCAUCCUAUGACGAACAGGUAGCUGCACAGAUGCCAACGGUACAUUAUGAGUUCCCCAACGGUUACAAUUGCGACUUUGGAGCUGAGCGGCUAAAAAUACCUGAAGGCUUGUUUGAUCCUUCCAACGUAAAGGGUUUAUCUGGCAACACAAUGCUGGGCGUGAGCCAUGUGGUCACCACAAGUGUCGGAAUGUGCGAUAUAGACAUCAGGCCAGGUCUCUACGGUAGCGUGAUUGUAGCUGGGGGCAAUACUCUACUGCAGAGCUUUACAGACAGGCUGAAUAGAGAACUCUCUCAGAAAACUCCUCCAAGCAUGCGGCUGAAACUGAUAGCAAACAAUACAACAGUGGAGCGGAGAUUUAGUUCCUGGAUCGGAGGCUCCAUUUUGGCUUCUCUGGGUACUUUCCAACAGAUGUGGAUCUCCAAGCAAGAAUAUGAAGAAGGAGGAAAGCAAUGUAUAGAAAGGAAAUGCCCAUAAACCUCAUGCUGAAAGUAAUUGCUGCCUUCCCCAACGCUUCUAAUGUUUGAUAGCUUUAGUGUACUCAGGAACCUUGGACGUCUCGUCUCUCUUUUGUAGGCAAUGUAUACUUUCACUUUUUGGCAUUCUUCAAUUCCCAUUUUUAAUAAACCACAUUUUAUUUUAAAAGGCCAAGCUGGUUUUGUCAGAGCAAAUGGAUGUCUACAUCCUUUGUAAAUGCAAUAACUCUUAUACAAACUUUUUAUAAUUUUUGUAUAAAUAUCUAUUUUCUGCAAAAGUCUUUGUUCCUGGAACUGAUUAAGCUAUAAGUGUGGAUGGAAUUUUUUGCCUUUCAAUGACAUUUCUAAGAAGUUUGUCUACUUCCACAGACUAGUCUUCCUUGUUAUGUUGGCCUUAAUAAAUUCCUCUAGUUUGUCUUA